GAGCAGUGUGACAGAGUUAUUGAAACUAAAAGAGAUGGCACUGAAAUGAAAACACCACAGUCAUCAAAUAACAAUCAAAGCACAGAAACCAGGACACCAAACCAAAAUACCUGGGACACAAACACUGACGGUGACCUCAUCAGAACUCAACCUCAGCCUCUUCCAAAGCCAAAAAAUUUUGCUGUAGAAAAUAUUGAUGGAGAAACUGACAAGUUGCAAAAUGGCCAUGCAGCUCUGAGUAAUGGGAAAGGAAUGCACAACGGGGUCACACAUGGUGAUGCAGAACAUAGAAAACAUUCAGCGCCAGUUUCUGAAAAAAUGCACAGAAAACUUCAGUCCAGUCUCUCAGUAAGUAGUGACAGCAGUAAAAGAAGCAAAGCAAGUUCGAAUUCACAAAAGCCUGGAACAUCUCCUGAAGACUGCUGUGCUUCUUUGGUUCUUGCCUGUCUCUUCUGUCAGUGCCUGGAAUACUGCAUGGGCCUUCUCCAUCGCCUCUGCUCCUGCCUGCAUGAUGGUACUAGCUCCUGCUGUGACUGCUGUUGCUUUUGCUGUGUGGGCAUCGAGGAAGCCCCUGCUGAGGACCUCAACUGCCACUUAAAAUGUGAUUUUACCUUCUUUGAGUCUUGCUGUGAUCCAGCUGAGUGCCUGGAGAUUUGCAUUGAGUGUUCUGAAUUCUGCGAGUAUAGCUAGCCAAGACAGAACAGUGUCCAAGACUGCUGUGUACACUGCGUCCUGGCAUGCUUAUUCUGCGAGUUUCUUACUCUGUGCAACAUAGUAGUGGGCCAAGCCUCAUGUGGC